AGUGAAAGAGAGAGGGAGAGAGAGGCAGAGAGAGAGAGUGGGCAGGGCUCUAGGUAUGUGAGAACAACAGCACGCUGGGCCAGUGGGACAGACAGGAGGAGUGAGACGAAUGAAAGGAGGAGAGAGAAAGAGGAGUGUGUGUGGUAAAGUGUGUGUGUGUAAGUGUGUGAAAUCAGACGGAGACAGUGUCCAAGUGCAAGACAGGGAGCUGGGGAGAGAGAUGCUCGGAGAGGAUGAGGAGUAACAGGGCGAGGCAGCAGCGAGAGGCUCUGGGUGUGUGUGUGUUUGAGGAAUAGUGUGUGAACAGAGGGAUGCAGUCAUGUCUCUGUGAGAGGGAGCAGCACAGCAACGGUAACCAUGCUGAGCCCCAAGAUAAAACAGGCACGCCGGGCGCGGUCCAAGAGCAUGGUUCUCGGAGAGUUGUCUCGGGUCUCCAGGCCCUGCUCUCCUCUGGAUCAGGAGAAAGCUCUGAAGGCAGGCUGGCUGAAGAGACAGCGGAGUAUCAUGAAAAACUGGCAGCUGCGAUGGUUUGUCCUGAGGACUGAGGCUCUGUAUUUCUACAAGGACCAGGAUGAAACGAAGGCACAGGGUUGUAUUCCCCUUCAGGGCAGUCAGGUCAAUGAGCUGCCUGCCAAUCAGGACGAGCCUGGUCGUCACCCGUUUGAAAUCGUUCCAGGGGGGGCCGGAGAAAAGGAUCGAACGGGCAUAAGUCACGAAUCAUUCCUGCUGAUGGCUAACUCUCAGACUGACAUGGAGGAAUGGGUCAGAGCCAUACGUAGAGUCAUAUGGGCUCCACUUGGAGGAGGUGUGUUUGGGCAGCACCUUGAGGAGACAAUGUUGUACGAAGCCCAAUGUGGCCCUCAGCGACUGGUCCCAGUGCUGGUUGAACAGUGUGCAUGUUUCAUUCGUGAGCAUGGACUGGAGGAGGAGGGCCUUUUCCGGGCCCCUGGACAAACCAAUCAUGUCCGAGAGCUGCAGGAUGCCUUUGACCGUGGCGAGAAGCCAGUGUUUGACAGUACCACAGAUGUCCACACAGUGGCAUCCCUGCUGAAGCUGUACAUACGGGAGCUGCCAGAGCCUAUAAUCCCUUUCUCUAAAUACACACAGUUUCUCUCUUGUGCUCCGCUUCUUACCAAGGACAAAGCGAUGGGUAUCAUAGAGCUCAGCAAACAGGUGAAAUCCCUUCCUCAGGUCAACUACAACCUCCUCAAAUACAUCUGCAAGUUUCUGGACGAGGUUCAGUCUCACUCCAAUGAGAACAAAAUGAGUGUUCAAAAUCUGGCCACUGUGUUUGGACCCAACAUUCUUCGGCCCAGAGUGGAGGAUCCAGUCACCAUGAUGGAGGGAAGUUCGCAGGUGCAGCACCUCAUGACUGUCCUCAUCAGUGAACAUGCCCGACUCUACCAACGAGAGGAGCCGGAAAUGGAGGCCAAGUUUCCCCCACAGCAACAGCUGAGUCCUAUCCAGCGAUGCAAAGUGGAAUGGGUCUCACAAGAAGACACUGACACUCCAGUCUCCUCAGGCACAGGGUCCAAAACUCCUAAAGAGGAACCCCAAUCAUCCACCCCUACUUCCAACAGUAAUCCAACUGCACCAAGCCCCAUUACAACGUUGGAGAAGGUUGUGGAUGGUCAGACUGAAGGGAAGGAUAAAGGUCAGCCAGAAGUGGACGGAAAAGCAGAUAGCAAACCUGAAGGGAAAGGCAGCGGUGAAGUAGCUGUAAGCCCCAGUAAACAGUCUAAAGCUCUGCCCUCUUGGAGAUCCUCCUUCAAAGGCAGCGCAACAUCUGGGGGGCCGAGGGGGAAAAUUGGGGGGUCAGCAGGGGAUGUGUCAGCAGCUGGUGGGAGCAACUGGCUGAUGAAUGGCUUGUCAUCCCUCCGAGUUCACAGGCGCACCACUUCAUCCGGUGAGAGACUUAAAGACUCUUCCCUGAAAGAUUCAACCCUUUCCCUUAAGGAGACCAGUCUUAAGGACACACAGAGAGACUCUGAUGACGACUCUUCUCAGAUGCCUUUGUCUCACAGAGCCCUCCUCCAGUCCCACAGACUUUCUGCCUAUGACAAUGUUGCCCCCUCUAGUCUUAGUCUUCCUGCUGACACCUCCAUCUGGACAUCCUUUGAGAUCUCGCUGGCCGAGCCAGAGGGAAGCGACAAGGCAGUGAAAUUAGGGCAGGGUCAAGAGAGACCCCCAGAGGAGAGGGACAGUACAAGUACUCCAGAUCAAAGUGCAAGCGGUGCUGAGGAUGAUCUCACAGGAACAAACGAAGGUCUCACCAACAUGCUGACCGAGCUCAAGCAGGAGCUUAAGAAACAGAGGACGAGCUACGAAAGCUGCAUUCGCAAGUUGGAAGAGUCCUGUUUGAAGUACCAAUCCCAGGUAAACCGCCUCGAGGAGGAGCUAGACCAAGAGAAGAAGAAGUUCCAAAUGCUGGAGAUCCGACUCAGGAACUCGGAGCGGGCACACCAAGAUGCAGAGAACCGAAACAUUCUUCUCCAGAAAGAGAUGGAGGAGUUCUUCAAAACCCUUGGAGAUCUGACCACAGGUGCAGCACGGACCAACUAGACCAACCUGCCUUCAUCUGGUCCAUCAGAGGAGGAGGAGCUCAAUUACUGGGAAGACCAGCCAGCCCCAAAGCUUUUAAGACCAAAUACCUCUAGUGCAGUACUACUUGCCAUCAUGUCCUCUUUAGUACAGCCGUCUUGUGCCUACACUUACCAGUGCCGGUGCCAAACAAGAACUCCUCUGGACCAAGCAAGCAAUUUACCAUUCCACAAUCCUUCAAUAUUCUAGACAAUUCUUCAUAUACACCAUAGGUCAUGUAAUUAUUUAUUUAUUGACUAAAUCCCUCUGUAAGAAAGCAAAAAAAAAAAAGCCUUAUUGAUGUGAGGUCCAGUCUUCCCAUUCACAUCCUCUUCAUUUCCCCUUACAGAGAACCCCAGGAAAGAGACCUAAACCCGGAAAUUUGUUAGCUUUCAAGCACUUCAGGAUCCCUCGACUCAAAGUAAAUGGGUCUUUUGAAUGGGUUUUUGAUUAGAUGCCUAAAGUAAGUUACAUAAAAUUCAUCAGUAAGUACCCCGCUUGAGAACUUUGAAGCUUUUAAGUCUUUAAAAAGGCGGUUGCUAACAAGUGGCAGGGCCAGACAACAGAAUGUCACUAUGCCAAGCCAUGUUGUGCUUUUACAGCCUUGCUGUGGUGGCCACACAAACAUACUGUAGUUUGUUUAUAGCCUCACAUUAGCUUUUACUUCUGGUGAUUGCAUUUAGGCUUUAAAAAUCCUA